GGGAAUUAAAGAACACUCACGGUGUGGUCGCAAUCCAUGUUGAUCUUCAUGACAAGGCGCGCGAAGACAAUAAUAAUAACAUCAUAAUAACCUUUCGCUUCAUUCAUCUCAUAACAUUACAUUUUCUUCUACUCUUUCUUUCUUUCUCUCGUUUUCUCUCUCGCUUUCUCUCUCAAAAUCAAAACACUCAAUUUUCUCUGUCGAAGUGUGUUUGAUUGAAUUCCAGUCGAUUAUUCUUGAUGAGCCGAUCGAUCGAGCAGCCGCCGCCUCCGCCGUCUCUGUCGGAACAUUCAUUUCAGAAUUCCAACUCAAGGAGCGUGUGUUCUGGAAACAGUUCUCAUCGUUUCAUGGACCCUGAGGUAAUCGAGAUUCCACCACCACCGCCAACUCACAACUCUUCCAAUUUGAUGAAGCAGAAAGAGGCCAUUUUACUGGAUGUGAUUGACAUCGACGACGAUGAUGACUCAACAGAUUUACUGGUAGUUAGCGAAGAAGUUGGUAGAAGUAAUAAGGGGAAGACGAUUGAAUCUGUUCAAAAUGGUUAUAGUGAUCAUCAAACUAUGGAACACUUUGAUAAUAUAUAUUUUCCGCAUGGGAUUGACAAAGCUGGACCAAGUAGCAGGGUCGAAUCUUCCAAUGGUUAUACUUCUGUUCCAAAUAAUUUAAUCAACAUUGAUGAGCAUGGUUCUGACCACUCAUAUGAUGAUGACGAUGACGACUACCCUGAUCUUUUUACGGAUGAUUAUAUGGAUGUAGAUAAUUAUGCUUUACUACAGGCACAUUUUGAUAAUGCGGAUAUACCUCCUGGUAUUGAGGCACCGAUUCCUUGGUUAAAAGAAUAUGAUCUAGUUUCAAAGAAGGCUGAAAGUAGUUUAUUUUAUCCUAGCUUUCAUAUUCAGCAAUCUGAAUCUCAAAAUUCUCAAGUUAGUGGCUUAUCUCAGCCUACAUGGUCAUUAGAGCCUAUUAUGCCUGAAGCCAAAGGACCUUUAGGAGGUAGUUGUAGUGAACAAAAUAAAAUGGAAUGUACUGAUCUCCCUCCCAAAGUAAAAAUACCUUCUCAGUUAUUUUCUCAAGCUGUCACUAGUAAGAAAAGAAUAGAAGCCAUACAGUGCAGGAGACGCAAGUUAAAGUUGGCAUUAGGAGCAGAGUCAUCUACCUCUAAAUGGUUUUCGGGACCUUCUGGUAAAAAGAAGCUUUAUGGUUUUGGUUCUUCAACUAACCAUGGCGUUGUAGACGACUCAGAGGGAAUGAAGUUUCCAUAUAUAGGUGAGUCACAGCAUAGCAAACUAAUUGAAAGUGCAAAGAAUGCAGCUGAAACUGGAAGUAUCAGUUCACAACAUUCAAAUUUCAUUGGACCUGUAGAUGGAUCAUUUUUUUUUUCGGGAACUGAAUUUGCAAAUCCUUGGCUGGCUCAGUUUAAUCAUUUUCCAAAUUAUACAGCUAAUUCAACUAUUUUCAAUCCAUUUGUUCCUCCAUUUGUUCCUCUUCAUGCCCCACCUGAGCAAGUGUUCGGUAACACUUGGGUUCCCAAUUCUGCGAGAGAUGGAAAUAAUGGCACAACUGCUGAUAGUACUGUUGUGACUAUCUCUGAUGAAGUCAGGGAUGAAAUUCUGAAGAAAUUUCAAAACUUUAAGCAAUUUGACACUAUUGAUGACACUUCAGACCAUUACUUCACUCGCGCCAAUGUGUCCAUGACACAGCAUUCAAAGAAUUGGGUUAAAAGAAUUCAGGAAGAGUGGAAGCUAUUGGAGAAGGAUUUACCAGAUUCAAUAUUUGUCAGAGUUUAUGAAUCAAGAAUUGAUCUGUUGAGGGCUGUGAUUAUUGGAGCAGAGGGAACUCCUUAUCAUGAUGGUCUUUUCUUUUUUGAUGUUUUCUUUCCCCGGGACUAUCCCAAUGUACCUCCGCAAGUCUACUACCAUUCUGGUGGACUUCGGCUCAAUCCAAAUUUAUAUAAUUGUGGCAAAGUGUGCCUUAGUCUACUUAACACCUGGUCUGGCAAUAAGAAUGAGAAGUGGCUUCCAGGUACUUCAACAAUUUUACAGGUCCUGGUCUCUAUACAAGGUCUAAUCUUGAAUACAAAGCCAUACUUUAAUGAGCCUGGAUAUGCACGUUUGAGUGGUUCUGCUGAAGGUGAAAUGAGAUCCCUGCAGUAUAAUGAAGACACAUUCCUCCUUUCAUUGAGGACAAUGGUGUAUCUGAUACGAAGACCUCCAAAGAGUUUCGAGGACUACGUAAAGGGGCAUUUCUGCAGCCGAGCUCAGGAUAUUUUGGUGGCUUGUAAAGCAUACAUGGAUGGUGCUCAAGUUGGUUGUUUGGUCAAAGGUGGGGUUCAGGAUGUUGAUCAGGGUGACAAGAGCUGCUCAAAGGAGUUUAAAAAUUCUUUAACUGCAUACGUGGAUAUGCUUAUAAAAGAGUUUACACAAGUUGGAGCCAAGGAUUGUGAGAAAUUCUUGUCUUCAUCAACAGUAGUCAACAAGCCAACGGAAUAGUUGCCUGUGGCUGCUACAUUUUCUUGAUAAACCUAAUUUUGAGACUUCAUAAAGGUUUAUUAUACUUAAAUUUAGUAGCAGGUUUAUGUUUUAUAUUACAUUGUUGAACCCUUGUUAUAUUGACUAUCUUAUUUUCAUUAACAAUGGCCUGCACAUAGUUCUUUAUACUGUAUAUAAUUAAGGAUGAACUAUUUAUGCAUUUUUAGGAUGGCAAAAGACCCCUCAUCAAUUUAUUCUGGUUUAUCUCUUUCUUUGCUA